AUGAAUUCCAACAACUGGCUCUCCUUCCCACUUUCCCCUACUCAUCCCACUUUGCAAACCCAUCUCCAGUCUUCUCACUCCCACCACUUCUCCCUCGGACUAGUCAAUGACACCAUGGACAACCCUUUUCAUUCCCAAGUUUGGCCACACAUAGGAGAUUGGAGCCUUGUGAACAAUCAAGCAAGUGAUGAAGUCCCAAAAGUGGCCGACUUCCUAGGAGUGAGCAAAUCCGAAAACGACAGCCACCACGCCGGAGAUCAUCUCGUUGCCUACAACGACCUCCAUCACGGCGAUGCUGCGGCGGAGUACUUGUUUGCAACCGGCGGGACAACCAGCCUGAUGCCGGUGCACAACUCCACGGCGGUGGUGGCGGCGGCGGGGGCCACGGCAUCUAGUAACUACGAGUUCCAAGAGAGCGCCGGCAGCCUGCAAGGGCUGACGCUGUCGAUGGGGAGCGCCAGCGGGAAGAGCGAGACCAGUGGGGAUAACACGAGCAGCACUACAACGGAGGCCGCCGCUCCGAGGAGGACGUUGGAUACUUUCGGCCAGCGAACUUCCAUUUACCGUGGCGUUACGAGUUCUAAUGUGGGUCAUUGCAGGCAUAGAUGGACAGGAAGGUAUGAAGCUCACCUUUGGGACAAUAGCUGUAGAAGGGAAGGCCAAUCAAGGAAAGGAAGACAAGGUGGUUCAGGUGGGUAUGAUAAAGAAGAAAAGGCUGCUAGGGCUUACGAUUUGGCUGCUCUAAAGUAUUGGGGUCCAUCUACUACCACCAAUUUCCCCAUCACCAACUAUGAGAAGGAAUUGGAGGAUAUGAAGCAUAUGACCAGACAGGAGUUCGUUGCUUCCAUUCGAAGGAAGAGCAGUGGCUUCUCUAGAGGCGCAUCGAUGUAUCGUGGUGUGACAAGGCAUCACCAACAUGGAAGAUGGCAAGCGAGGAUCGGCAGAGUUGCCGGAAACAAAGAUCUCUACCUCGGCACUUUCAGCACGGAGGAGGAGGCGGCGGAAGCGUACGACAUAGCGGCGAUAAAAUUCCGCGGCCUGAACGCCGUCACCAACUUCGACAUGAACCGCUACGACGUCAAGAGCAUCCUCGAGAGCAACACGCUCCCCAUCGGCGGCGGCGCCGCCAAGCGGCUCAAGGAAGCCCAGGCGCUCGAGUCCUCCCGCAAAAGGGAGGAGAUGAUCGCCCUCGGCUCCACCUACCCAUACGCCGCCGCCGCCGCCGGCGGCUCGAGCCGGCUCCAAGCCUACUCCCUAAUGCAGCCGACAGCCUACGAGGCCCAGCCGCUGCUCACCCUCCAAAACGCGCCCGACAUCUCGUCGUACGACGCCGCAGCGGCGGCGUCGUUUCACCAGAACAACUACCUGCAGACGCAGCUCCACCUGGCGAACCAAUCGGCGGCCGCCACGUCGUACCAGGGCGGGUCGUCCACGUCGCAGUUCUACAGCAGUUACUUGCAGAGCAACCCGGGGAUGCUUCACGGGUUGAUGAACAUGGAGGCCGGGAGUAAUAAUAAUAAUAAUAGUGGCGGUGGUUCGGGUGGGUCGAUUUACGGUUCGGGCGGCGGUGGGUUCUUGGGUAGUGGGUUGGGGAUGGCGACCGGUGGUUCGGGUGGGUCGGGUGGACCGGGGUCCGGAGGAGAGGAAGGGGUUGGGGCGUUGGUGAAGGUGGAUUACGAUAUGCCUUCCACUGGUGGGUACGGUGGCUGGACCGGGGAGUCGGUCCCUGGGUCGAACCCGGGCAUGUUCACGAUGUGGAAUGAUUGA